AUGUCCCGUCUGAUGUCCCUGUUCUCUUCAGACGAUCUGGUUCCUGAAGUUGUGGAGUCGCACCCCCUCCACGACCUUGUUUGGCCGCAACACAUACCAAUAACGCACACAUACCCACCGCAACCGGCUCUUUCCUCUAACGAGGAGUCUGCAAUGGAGUUAGAUAAUCCUUGGCAGUCUGCUCGUAGGGCAAGAGAUGACGACGAGCAGCCACCCAACAAGGUCUUUCUCAAAGAAGUCGAUCGGUCAUCCAAGUUGCGUGAAGAUGUCACUUCGAACGUCUGCGAAUCACAGAUGCAGUCAGCCAUUGCACAGCAUCAACAACAGAAUCAAUCUCUUCAGCGUGACAGUGCUAAUGCCCUCGCCUCCUUGGACGAGAACCAUUGUAAAGAAGUUGCAGAGCUUCAGAACAAUAUGGUACUUGAUUGUCAAAAGGCCCAAACAGAGGCCCGCGCUGAAAUAGAAACGCUUCUUGGCCGAGAAACAAUCUCGUGCUUUGUCACCUGCAUUCGCACCUGCCUGGCGGCUCUUGUUGGCAAAAAACCUGUGGCUACAUGUACCAAUAUUGUUGGGUUUUCACCAAUUCCCGGUUCCAGCUCUGAAUCUGACACGGACGAGGAACCUCAGACGGACAGUAGACCCACCCUAACUUCACUCCUAGGAGACGUCCCGAUCACGAACGCGACCAUAGGCAUGCUUGCUGAGGCGCUUGCGAAGGUUCUUCAGACUCCUCAAACAACGUCUUCCCGGGGACCUUGCCCAAGACACAAACACCUUAAACCCCCUGUUGAAAAUUUCACGGAUACCCAGCGCCAAGACAAUAAGUAUGCAACUAUGCAACUAGCAAACGGAUGGGCUAUACGGGUCCUCACUCGCAGGGUGAUGAAGUUUGAGACUCGAAAAAAAGUCACAGCGACGCUGCUGAGUGAUAGGAUUGCGAUGGGAAAGCAUGAUCAGGCAGUGUGGGAGUAUCUUCGGGGUAUUGUGGAGAAUCUUGGCAAAAAUGGCAUGAGCUCUGACGAGACGUUGACGGGUGCCGCAGUCUUCACUCCUCGCAGAAGCAAGCCUGCAAAGCGUCUUCGUAACGCUAAAUCAAAGUCUUCUCGAACAGCAAUUGAAGGCCUACCAAGAGCGUUCUAUGAUGCUUCUUGGUUGAUUGACCAACACUCAUCAUUCACAGUAUCAAAGAAGAAGUUCCAGAGGAUGGAGAUUAUUGUUGCCCACCACGUAGCCCAGAGUAGCCCGGACAUUGGAGCCUAUUAUGGCAGCAAAAACCAUGUGGGCAGACCAACUGUGAACACGGGAGGCUUGAUAGUUGUUGUUUGGCAUGGUUGGCAUGGUAUACAGUAUUUCAACACUCUUACGCAGUUGGCGCAUGAUACUGUCCUGGCAUUCCAGCAGCCGAACGCAAUGAUGCAUCCGACCUACGGUUAUUUCCAAUGGGGUCUGGAACUGUUCCGGAUGAAGAUGAUCCUCUCGCGUAAAAUGUUGCGAACAAGUUUUCUUUAUUUGGAGACAUGCGCCCCUUAUGGUUCGCCGCCAAUAAUGUGUUUCUAUUCUUUGAAAACCUUAAGCAUCGCGCGGGACCUCCUGGUCGAAAUACAAGGCAAGGGUUCUCGUCAGAGGGCCAAACGUACAGAUUGUAGCUCUUUAAAUCCUCUCAACUUCAUCCAAGGCUGCAUUUGGUAUCUUGUCUCCAGCUACACAUACUCGCUACACAUACUCGCUUCCGUAUACCAAAUAAAAAAUAAGUCCCCUAUCCCCAACCACAAUAGCUUCGCCCAACUUAAAGCAAGUGACAUUGCCAAGUCGCAGGACUUCGUGUCAAAGAUAGACUUCCCCAGCAGUCUAGGACCUUCGAAGGACAUCGACUCUCUAGCACUUGAAAGCAAGGGACCUUCUUUGAAGCGUAAAUUCGACCUCGGACCAAGAUGGUUCAUUUGGUCCCUACCUGUGGAAAUCCUCAUCGCUACCGUCGCCCUUCUAGGAGUGCAAGAUCUGCGCACUGUCACACAAGUUUCUUCUCUGUUGAGAGAAAUCGCUGCUCCACUCUUCUUCCUCAACAGAAACUUCCCAACCUCCCCAAAGGAUUUAUUCCACAUUCGUGUAGACCCGCAGAAUUUUGACGUUCUGGCUACUUGGAGGCGAACAGAUACUUUUCGUCCGCCGCGUAUGGUGUUGAGUUGGCUGGAUUCUGGUUUGCGAUCCUCACAGCUAUCCGCAUUUUCCCACUUCCUCGAAUCCGUCCCCCACAAAUUGAUACGAUAUAUCACACUUCUUUGGAAUUUUGACAUUCUCACAUCCCCGGUUCUCCCACAAAUUGUUGCAUUACUAGAAAGCAUCCGUGCCUCCGGCGUCGAAGAGCUGACGUGCAUGGGUUUUUGCGACGGGACAGUCUCAUCGUCCGUCACCGGCCUCACCCGAAUUCAGCCGUGUGCAUUCUUUUCCCCAAACGUCCUUCCUUUCACAAUUCAAACCAUCCGCCUUUCCUGCAGUUUGGAAAAGCUUCGACUGAGUUCCGUCAAGCUCAGUUCUGCGCAUUGGGAUAAACUCCUGCGCCAUCUUGCGAUUCCAACCCUUGUCGAACUCCCGAGUCAAUGCGGACUAUGGACCCCUGUCACAUCUCCUCCCCAGUCCUUCGGAGUCAUCGUACGCAACAAAUCUUCGCCUGCCUUCAUAUUUCCUUACAAGCACAUGAUGCAUCGCCCGACUACAUCGCCUCCAUUUUACAAUGCGCUUAUCUGCGGCAUGGAUUUCAAGCUUUUCCUAAAGUCCAAGCGUUUUACUUUGCGAGGUUACUCAGCUACUACUGCCGAGGAUCUUGUCAACAUCAUGCGUAGCUUUGCUGCGGGUGAUGUUGAAUUAGGUGUGGAUGUGCAGGUCGCACCAAAAUCAUAA